UUGCCAUAACAACACACAGCACUUUGUAAAUGAACGCUCAGCCAAACAGGAGCAGACAUGAGUGCAGACGCAGCUUUCUCCCUGCAGAGCCAGCCCACCCCUGUGGACUACAGCGGGAAGGUUCCUGUGGAGCACCUAGACUAUGAUUACAUUGAAAAAUGUAAAGAUGUAAAAUACCUUGAGAAGGUUCUGAGAGUACUGAGGUCUGGUGAGGAGGGCAUUUAUCCUCAUUUGAUUAAGUUCUGUGAGAGUCACCUGGAGAAACUGGACCCUAGAAGCCAAGCUCUCAGGAAGGAUAUGCCUGUAGCCACAGCAGCCAGCCUCUCUGAAGACGAGUGGAACCAAAUUGCUGAUGGGUUGAAAAGAUGGCAAGAAGAAACCAAAAAGACUGAAACUUCACUGAAACACCAGUCAGUGUUUGAUGAUCUAGUGAAAGAAAAUGUGCCAGCUGUAAGAGGUUCCAAUUGCUUUGUUCCUCUGAGUCAGAAAACAGUUCCAAAAGAAAGAAAGAAACCCUCAAAAUGCGCUCUUCCACGUGAUUACCAAGAAUGGGACAAGUUUGAUGUGGAAAAAGAAUGUGAGAAAAUAGAUGGAGAUAUGGACAAAAAUGAUCCACCAGCCAUUGUAAACUCAGGACAUCCCAUAAUCAAGACUAAAGUGGAUGCCUCAUUGCUGUCACAACAGGAGAAGCUUGUUCUGGCAAAUCGUGAAAAGGACAAAGGCAAUGAAGCUUUCAGAGCAAAUGAUUAUGAGGAGGCAGUUGCAUACUAUUCAAGGAGCCUUUCCAUUAUACCAACUGUGGCGGCAUACAACAACAGAGCCCAGGCUGAGAUCAAUCUCAAGCACUGGCACAAUGCGAUGAGAGAUUGCCAGAGGGUGCUUGAGUUAGAACCGGGCAAUAUGAAAGCCCUGCUUCGUCGUGCUACUGUUUAUAAUCAUAUGGGCAACUUCCACAUGGCGACUGAAGACCUGAGGAUAGUGCUUAAGGAAGAGCCACAAAACGCUGCAGCCACUCAAUUUUUGUCUCAAAUUGAGAAGAAGAUGGAGGAAUGUCAACCAGAGCAGCAACACAAAGGCAAAAAAAUCCUCAUCCAAGAGCUAGAAGAGGCAGAUGACAACACUGACAGUGAGAGCAAAGCUCAUAAGAUUGCUUUUCCGGUUCAACCUAGCCAGCCUGUGGGAGGGGAGGAGAGCUCAGCUACUCCUGCCGAAAGUGGAGACAUGGGAAACACGCAUAAAAAGCCCUACGGCAGAGGGGACGGGGGUCCACACGCCGAGUCCAACAACUCCCACUAUGACCACCGGAGGAACAGAGGAGGCAGCUCAGACAAGUACAAAGUCUCACAGGACUCUAAGGAAAAGAUAACCAAUGGAUCAAGCAAGAGGGGCUCGACAGCUUCAGUUCAGGGUGAUCAGAGCAGCAGCGGUAAGGCAACUCCAGUUGGAGGAAAUGCUAGAGAAACUGUCAACCUCGAUGCCCCAUGUGGGGCCCUGCCCCCACCCCUCGCCCGGCUAAAGAACGAAGGAAACCUGCUGUUUAAAAAAGGACAGUUUGCUGAUGCAUUGGAGAAAUAUUCACAAGCCAUUCAGGGCUAUACAGAUUCAGGGAUUGAUAGUCCAGAAGAUCUAUGUAUUCUAUAUUCCAACAGAGCAGCUUGCUACCUGAAAGAUGGCAACAGUCAAGACUGCAUACAAGACUGCACAAAAGCUCUGGAGCUGCAGCCAUUCUCCCUCAAGCCCCUCCUGCGCCGGGCCAUGGCUUAUGAGUCCCUGGAGCGUUACCGAAAGGCCUACGUGGAUUACAAGACCGUCCUGCAGAUAGACAUCAGUGUGCAGGCAGCUCACGACAGCGUCAACAGGAUCACACGGCUGCUAAUUGAGCAGGACGGGCCAGAGUGGAGAGAGAAACUUCCCGAGAUCCCUAUGGUACCUCUGUCAGCUCAGCAGCACCGCAGAGAGGAGCCACCCAGCGCUGAGGUCCUCCAGGCUCGAGCAGAGAAGGCUGCUAGGGAUGCAGAGAGGAGAGCAGAAGUCUGUUUUUCAGCUUUGAAGCAAGAGGGGAAUGAUUUUGUGAAGAAGGGCCAAUACCAGGAUGCUCUGGGAAAGUACACAGAAUGCCUUAAGCUAAAGCCAGAGGAGUGCGCUAUCUAUACUAACAGAGCUCUGUGCUACUUGAAACUGGAGAGGUUUGCUGAGGCCAAGCAGGACUGUGAUGCAGCACUGAAACUGGAGCCAACCAAUAAGAAGGCGUUCUACAGACGAGCCAUGGCCAAUAAAGGCCUCAAGGACUACCUGGCAUGCAGCUCUGACCUGCAGGAAGUGCUGCAGCAAGAUCCAAAUGUCCAGGAGGCUGAGAAUGAGCUGGAGGAGGUCACUAAGCUGCUCAGACAGAGUCUGGCCAAUGCUUCACCAGCCAAACCCAGGAAGCCUGUCCCCAUCACAGAGGUUGAGGAUGACGAGAAUGUGACAGUUAUCCCCAACUCAGAGAACAGCUGCAGAGGAGAGGACAUCACCAUCAACCUCCAUCCCACCAGCGCCUAUGAAUUUGGCCAGUCUCUGAACGCAGCUCGCUGCACUGGAAACACAGUGGCCUGCGCUCAACUACUGGCCUCCAUGGCACCGGAAAUGCUUCCCCAGUUCCUGAGCACCCAGCUCGAUGGACACACCAUCAGCUUCAUCAUGCAGGCCCUGGACUUACACCUACUGGAGAAAGACCCCAACCUCGUCUACCAGCACCUCAGCCACCUGUACACCGCUGAGAGGUUCUCGGUUGCACUAAUGCUGCUGGAGGACGAGCGUCACCACAUGACUCAGCUAUUUGAGCAUCUCUCAGCCGUGCAGAGCACACAGUUCACUAAGAACGAUGUUCAGAACCUGGCCAACAAAUACAUCUGACCCUCCCCUCCCUGCUACCUUGCUGCAUGAGCUCCUCUACCACUGCUCUUGGAUCUAUGCAAAACACUGCACAAGAACUGAAUACACAAAGGCAGGAUGCUGCAGAAUGAGCAUUACAAUGGAACUGAGUUGGUUCACUCUACUCGUCUGUAUGUUUCCAUGACGGUAUAAGAAAUCUAUUUUUCUCUCCAGAAUGUUUUGCUAUGCAGCUUUACUUUUGUACCACCAUGAACCAUUUGCAUUUUACAACAGGCAUACAGUGGGACACAGUGGACCUUUCACCUUAGUGUAUUGAUAAAUUGGGUUCAAUGUGCUGUUAUGUAACACAACAGGCAGGUGUUUCCUCACUCCAGGCAGUAGCUUUUGCUCAGGAAAGGCUUCCUAGAACUGGAUUCAGCUGAUCUGCUCUCUGAACCCAGUUUCCUAAAAAACCAGCUGCCGCAUACCAAAUGUUAUUCAGUGCAUGUCAAAAUAUAACUCAACAUAAAGCUAAUUUACUUCCAAGUUUAAAAAUGUGUCUUUGCUGCAUAUAAAAAUAACUAUUUUGCUAUGACCACAUGUACUGUAUGAGACCUGCAUGCCUCACUGCUGUUCCUGUGAGUAUAACAGAAUCUCCUGAACUUACAAUGUUGUAUGAAAAAAAAAAGUUUUCUCUUCAUCCAUCUAUGCAAAUUAGGCAGGUCUUUGUGUCUUCACCCUGUGGAGUGACAUUGUGCUGUUCAGCCUGUUUACCUGCACCAUCACCUUCACAGCAGAUGCCAGCAAACUGGAGAGAAGCAGCAUCUUUAUGAGAUGUGUGCCUUGGAUUUCAGUCUAGGAGUCGACUUACAUUUUGGUGAGCAUAUAGGUACUCAAAGAGAAAGUCUAUAUCAUUCUAUAGCUUUAAUCAACUUGGAUUUAUCAUUUAUAUAUAUAUAUAUUCGCUUCAAAAUCAGAAUUGUUUUAAAUGUGUAAUUUAUUUCUUAUUUAAAGUCAUUCUGUCCAUGUUCUAAGUAAUAAACAUAAAAUCUUUCUGUAAUGUAAAUCUAAAGGAUGCCUGAAUCCAAACUAUUCUGGUUUCUAAUGUUUCAUUAAUUCUACAUGAAUGUAAAGUUUAGCAUAAGGAGACAAAUUUGGGGGCAGGAGGCAAUAAUUCUACAUAUUCCAGUUUCUCUUCACAGUAGUUUUUAAAGUUUUGUUUCAGUAGAGUUGAAAAAAUAUAUAUUCUCAGAGGGCUACUCAAUAAACUGGAAAAUAUGG